GUCGCAGGAGAUCCUUCAAGUCAAACAGGCCAAGAACUUCGCCAUUGGAUCGGAUGGCAAUUUGAAGGAAACGCCGCCGGGCUAUAAGCCAAUCACAGUGAGCCAGAUCAUGGAAGCUGACAAGCGUCUUUGGAUCUUGCUUUCAGAGCUAACUCGAGGAAAUGUCACUCCAAAGCCUGGCAGCCCGGCCCUGUGCGACAAGAACUUCAGCAAGCUUACUGAGUCCCAGGAGAUUCUCUCGUACUUGGCUCCAUUGCCCAUGCCACCGCCAAUUCCUGAGGUCCCGAGACCUAGGUGGGAACCUUAUCCCGACCCCAAGGGCAAGGGCAAGGCCAAGGGCAAGACGAAGGAGGCAGGCAAGACUCAGAACCCAGUCCAGGUGGAGUUGCCGGAGGGAGCCAAAACAAAGACGGAGGACGGCAAACCCUUGUGCUUUGCCUUCAACAGGGGCCGCUGUUGGCACGCCAAGCGUGUCAAACCGGGCAAACGUUGCGUGAAGGGGUUUCACAAGUGCUGGAUCUGUCUCAGGGACAGACCGGCGUGCGAAUGCACGCACACCGACACCUGA